AUAAAUUUAAGAUAAAGCCAUCUUCAUUCAAAUAUGGUAAAUCAGCCCGGUAAUUCGCUUGUAAAAUACGAUGGAGCUAUUGUGGUCAGUUCCUCAGGUGGAGGAAAGAAGGGAAAGAAGCAGUUAGCUCCACUAGAGAAGGCAGCCACUACUAAGAAUGAAGACUUCUUGAACUCCAUCCUUCCUCCUCGUGAGUAUACCGAAAACGGUCAGCUUUUAGUCCAAUAUGUUUCUCCAACACCUGCGACUAGGAUCGAUGUUAUCAAUCUUCAAGAGGAGCUUGAAAAUAAGCUCCAGAUCAGAAGAGCGAGAGAAACAGGUAUUUGACCUUUUAGGGAAGAGUUAUAUGCCCAGUGCUUCGAUGAACUUAUCAGACAAAUCACUAUUAAUUGUGCCGAGAGAGGUUUCCUAUUGGUCAGAGUCAGAGACGAAAUUAAAAUGACAAUUCUUGCAUACCAAACUCUCUAUGAAAGUGCGAUUGCCUUUGGUAUGAGAAAAGCUCUUCAGUCAGAACAAAAGAAAAGUGAUAUGAGCAAUCAGAUCAAAGAACUUGAAGCCAAAUGCAGUGAGCUUGAAAAAGAAGUAGAGACGCUUCAGAUAAAUAUCGAAGAAACUAUUAGAAAGGACGAAGAAGAGGCUAUUAAAGACGAGAAGAACCACAAGGAUAAAGUAGCUAGCUACAAAGAAAACCUCAAGGAUUACAAGAAAGAACUCGAGCACAUACUUUCUGCUCCACAAAAAUAAUACUU